AUGCAGAGCCACUCUCUGAAGCACUUCACUUUCGCGCUGGCCUUGAUCCUGGCCGUGGAAUCGCAACCACCUCCGCCACCACCGCUGCCCAUCUACUACUAUGGCAAUUGGUUAUACGCCAUGCCUUGGCAGCCCUUGGCUGUAGCACCUCCCCCCCAUCCGUCUGGUACUGCUGCCCAGCCUCUCGACACCCAACAGCUCAGCUUGGGAUAUACAGGACCUCAAUUCUUUCCAGUUACGCCAGCUCCAGCAACAGCUUCAGCAACAGCAGCAACUACCGCUCAACCUCAACCCAGACGUCGUCCCAUUUUGUUGGGCCUCUUGACGCCGCAUCCAGCUCAAGGUCAGUUUACGCUACCUUUCCGACCUUCUCCCUUUGCGGGGUACAGUGAGGCCGCCUUCAGCAACCCUACCGAGGAGGCCUCCGAUGAGCAACAAAUCGGCGAGGAUCAGCAGCAGCAGCAUUUCAUUUACAUGUCACCAGGCACACUUUACAAUCUGGUUAGCAACUAA